CUUGGGGCGAUCUCAGGUGGCGUCCAUCUGCCCUGCUUGUGUCCCCAGCCAGACCUGGUGGAGCGCCUCAUCUCCGUAGACGUUAGUCCCGUCUCAACCGCACCCGUCUCCGAAUUCUCUGCCUACGUCUCUGCCAUGAAGUCGGUGAAGAUCCCGGAUGGUCUGUCCCGCUCUGCGGCCCGCCAGCUGGCUGACGACCAGCUGCGUCCGGUGGCCCAGCUCCCGCAGCUGAGACAGUUCCUCCUCACCAACCUGGUAGAGAUGGAGGGCCGCUACGUCUGGCGGGUGAACCUGGAGGCUAUUUCCAACCACUUGGCAGAUAUCAUGAACUUCCCCGUCUUCCACAAGCCGUAUCCUGGCCCUGCGCUCUUCUUGGGAGGAUCCAACUCGCCCUAUAUCAGCUCCAAAGACUACCCGGAGAUCCAGCGCCUCUUCCCCAAGGCGGAUGUCCAGUACAUUGAAGGUGCAGGCCACAUAGUCCAUCAGGAUAAAUUUGAAGAAUUCAUCGCUGCUGUCCUCAAUUUCCUGCCACCACCGUAGCGUUGGGGACCAGGGUUUCUGCAAGCACCGCGUGGGACUUGAGGAGCUCCGGGCAGUGACGCAGGGCUCUGGGCUCUGUGAGGAGGGGCUCAGCCUGGACCGGCUGCCCACUUUGCAGUCCGAUCCUGCCUGCGAGGCCUUCUCCCACCCCGGGUCGCCUGGAGCCGGAGCGGAGAGGCACCUCCAUCCCGCUGAGCCCUCCUGCCACCUCGCAGGGACGCGGGGUGGCGCCGGCCCAGGACACUGCCCUUCCUGCACAGCCUGUCCCACCUGCGCUGGAGUGUCUCGGACGCUAGGAGGGGGCAGGAGAGCCCCCUCGUUUUCCUGCUGCCAGACCACCUGGUUGUGGAUCUGGCUGCGACUUCGCAGAACGUGCAAUAAAGCUGAAUC